CCUGAACUAGGAACCAAUUGUUCUAGAAGCUGAACAUUUCUCACUGGUAUAACGGUGGACUGGAGAUUCUAGCAUUUGACGUUACUCAACUGGUGCUUUGUGGGCUACGCUAGUAGCUUUGUGAGUAAAUAGGAACCGGAAGUACUAUUAGACCGGAAACAGGUAUUGGCAUGCCGGAAAUCGUGGACGUGGCGAAGAUCGUGGCCGGACACAUCGCUGAGGUGGCCGACUCCGAGGCCAAGCGGAAGUACCUCACCAAAAAACCUCAGCUCGACUUCCAGUUCCUCCACGUGGAGUCUGGAGAAACCAAGUACACCCGGCGCGACAUGGCCCCGGUAGAGACGACCAACAUCCUGUACACCUCCUGCUAUUCCAACAACACCCCCAAUGAGCAGAAACACGUGCUGAAAUCACUGAGGAAAACACGCUCAGUCUUCGAGGUCAGCUUCUCUCGUGGUCUCAAGCUGGGCAAUGAGUUCAGCAUAGACAUCAACCCACCCAGCACCAAGGGCGGGCUACAUGCAGGCUUUAAGAAGGAGGAGGAGGAGGCGCAAGGUAACAAGGUGCUGAACAUGCAAGAGCUCAAGUGGGUCAUCGACAACGUCAUUAUGGUCCCGGCAAAUCACUGGGUCAAGGUCGAGGUUAUCGUCAAGGAGGAAAACUACAAUGGAGAGUUCGAGAAGCUGUUGACAUUUGACGGAGAUAUAGUCGUCCACCUCUUGAAGAAAGAGAAGGACAUUGUGGAGCGGUUCCAGUCCCUGAUCUACAACGCUAUGCGGGGGACCCGGGUCAAGCGGGUCAGCACGGGCUGCGAGAAGCUGACCUUCCCCGUCCACACCAUCAUGACCCCGGCCCGGGGGUUCGUGCUGGACAACAACGGUAAGCCGACCUACAUGGUCAAAGGUCACUGCGAGUGCAGGUUCGGCGUGGAGCAGGAGGUCAUCAUCACAGAGUACCCGGGCAUCAAGCCGGACUACCGGAUCAACCCGUCCUGGUGACCGGCAGCCGGUUGUUAUAUCACGGCCCGGCGACCGGCUGGUGGCUGUGGCGUGACGGUUUAACCAGGCGACCGGCAGCCGGUUGUGAUAUCACGGUCCGGCGACCGGCAGCCGGCUGUGGCGUGACGGUUUAACCAGGCGACCGGCCAGCAAUAAACAAGUUUGAUCAAGAACUGCAUUAUUCCACAUUCAAUAUGUGUUCAAUGUUACGUUCAUGUGCUUUUAAUGUUUUCAGCUAUAAUAUAGUCCGUAAAGAAAUAAAUCUUUUUGUGUGCUAAUAA